UGCUGCUCGCUACUGCGCCUGCGCACACGGUAGACAGCUGAUAACUCAUCUAUUAUGCUACUUGGCUAAAUAAAAACCUCUGAGAAAGCUGCUCGGAUCCCGCCGCUGGACGCACCAGAGGACCCGAACACAAAGUAAACACAGCUGUCUGACCGGUAGCGGGGGGAUUAGCGGGUAAACGGAGCGGAGGUUGGUCCCGGAGAGUGCAGGAGGUGUCGGUGUGUCGGAGCUACUCGGCGCCUUCAGACAAAGCUCAGCUAACAGGCUAACGGCUCGUUAGCUAGCCAAACACCGCGGUAACAUCUGCAAAGAUCAGAUUUUUAAACCACCUGGUCCGCUCCCUGAGCGUUUCAUAACCGAACAAAUGUCACCGUGUCUCCUCCAGCGCGCGCCCAGACGCCGCCACCGCCGCUAAAAAUACAAUUAACGGUCUUUUACGUGCUCGGUCGUGCAAUGGGAGUUUGUCUUCUCGGGGGAAACAUCGAGCUGAAGCAUCAACACCAACCACACCUGAACUGAACACACACUAACACACACCUGUGUGCCCCCCCCCCCCACACACACACACACACACAUCCACACCCUCAGACCACAGAGGGAGUAGUUUUUUCACCUUCAGGUCAGACACUGCCGUCCCACGGUGCAUUGCUGCGUCACCGUCGUCCACCAUGUCGGACGCCCCCGAGGCUGCACCCCCCAGCCCCCCUCCCCUCACCAACCCGCCGCCCCCCGAGGUCACCAACCCCACCAAACCCGGCAGGAAAACCAACCAGCUGCAGUACAUGCAGAACGUGGUGGUGAAGACUCUGUGGAAACAUCAGUUCGCAUGGCCGUUCUACCAACCUGUGGACGCCAUCAAGCUCUGCCUGUCUGACUACCACAAAGUGAUCAAGAACCCGAUGGACAUGGGAACCAUAAAGAAACGUCUGGAGAACAAUUAUUACUGGAGCGCCAGUGAGGCCAUGCAGGACUUCAACACCAUGUUCACCAACUGUUACAUCUACAACAAGCCGACAGACGACAUCGUGCUCAUGGCUCAGGCUCUGGAGAAGAUCUUCCUGCAGAAAGUGGCUCAGAUGCCUCAGGAGGAAGUCGCUCUGCUGCCUCCAGCUCCCAAAGGAAAGAACAAGAGCAAGCAGCCGGCCGCCGCCACCACAGUGAGUCAGCAGGCCGAGUCCUCAGCCUCCCCUCCCCCCUCCUACCCCUCCCCCUCCCCCUCUCAGACGCCCGUCAUCUCCACCACGCCCACACCUGUCCAGGCCACGCCCCCUGUGUCUGCUCCGCAGCCCCCAGCAACCAUGAUGCCAUCUGCACAGCCCGUCGUCAAGAAGAAAGGUGUGAAGAGGAAAGCCGACACCACCACCCCAACCACGUCGGCGAUCUCUGCUGGUCGUGCCGACUCUCCGUCCCCUCAGGACACCAAACCAGCCAAACUGGGCUCGUCCCGUCGCGAGGCUGCCGCCCGCCCCGCUAAGACCCGCCGUGAGACGGGCGAAGAGGUGGCGGGGGGUGAGGUGGGAGGUGGAGGAGGAGGAGCCGGAAGCAGGAAGGGCGGCAAGCUGGGUGAGCAGAUGAAGCACUGCGACGCCAUCCUGAAGGAGAUGCUCUCCAAGAAACACGCCGCCUAUGCCUGGCCUUUCUACAAGCCGGUGGAUGCAGAGGCGCUGGAGCUGCACGACUACCACGACAUCAUCAAACACCCCAUGGACCUCAGCACUGUCCGGAAAAAGAUGGAUAAAGGAGAGUACAACGAUCCUCAGAGUUUUGCAACGGACGUCAGGUUAAUGUUCUCCAACUGUUACAAGUAUAAUCCUCCAGACCACGAGGUGGUGGCCAUGGCCCGUAAGCUGCAGGAUGUGUUUGAGAUGCGUUUCGCUAAGAUCCCAGACGAGGGCCUGGAGGCGUCGGUCCCGUCCACGACACCAGUGGUCAGUAAAAGCACCGCCUCCUCUGACAGCAGCAACAACUCCUCCUCCGACGAAUCGUCCGACUCUGAGGAGGAGCGAGCCACGCGAUUGGCUGAGCUACAGGAGCAGGUUGGUGCUGCCGAGCAAUCACAGUUGAAGGCGGUGCACGAGCAGCUGGCUGUCCUGUCCCAGGCUCCGGUCAGCAAGCCAAAGAAGAAGAAAGAGAAGAAAGACAAGGAGAAGAAGAAGGACAAAGACAAAGACAAAGGGAACAAGGGCAAGAUGGAGGAAGAGAAGAAGCCGAAGGCUGCGGCCCAACAGCCCAAACCGGCCAAUCUGAAGAAGGCACCAGCUAGGAAAGCCAACAGCACGGUGACCGCCACCAGGCAACCUAAGAAAGGCAGCAAGACGUCGGGCGGCGGCUCGGCCAACGGAGACGACGGUGAGGAGUCAUCCCUGCCGAUGUCGUACGAUGAGAAGCGCCAGCUGAGUCUGGACAUCAACCGGCUGCCGGGGGAGAAGCUGGGCCGCGUCGUCCACAUCAUCCAGUCCAGAGAGCCAUCGCUGAGGGACUCCAACCCCGAUGAGAUAGAGAUCGACUUCGAAACCCUCAAACCCUCCACACUCCGAGAGCUGGAGCGCUACGUCAAGUCCUGUCUGCAGAAGAAACAGAGGAAGCUACUGCAGAAGGCAGCAGGAGGCGGGGCCUCAGGAGGCGGGGCUAGUCGUUUGAGUGGCAGCUCUUCUUCCUCCUCUGACGACAGCUCCUCAACAGGAACCUCCUCUUCCUCCGACACAGACUGAACACACACACACACACACACACACACACACACAGAGGUCUAUCCACUCAACACACACACACAGGAAGGCAGUAUAUACAGGUAACACAUGCAAACACACAUUAACACACAUCAUGUAAACUUCCAUCCUGACCACACACACAAAAGACAGAGAUACACACUCUGAACAUAUACACCCCCCCCCCCCCCCCCCCCCCCCCCCCAACCACACACACACACACACACACACACACCCAGACUUGGAGACUGUAUGUAAAUAGGCUGACCUGUUUUUUAGCUCCUAGUGUCGUUUGUUUUUUUUGUUUUUUUUUUCUUCCUGGAGGAAUGCAGAGAGACAGAAGAGAGGAAGAAGAAAGCGACAAAUUCACAGUGAGAAGAGAAGAGGAGGAGGAGGAGGAGGAGGAGGAGGGAGACGGGCAGCCUGCCUGCCUGUCUGUCUGUCUGCCCGGGAGUCAGACUGAUCUUCUCUGAACUCUGAAACAAACAAAAUCAUCAAGGCUUUCUUCUUCUUCUUCGUCUUAUUGGACGGCCGGCUGUGACCCCUGACCUCUGAAAACAUUCCAGAAGCAUCUAUGGAGUGGUGGUGGUGAUCUCAGUGGGUUUUACACUGAUCCAGAUUCAGAUAUCGAUGGUUUGGAGGCGGAGCUGUCAGCAGGCGACAACUGAAAACUUUACGUUCCUCAGAUUUUUUAUUUUCACAGUGGAGAUGCCUCCGAGCUCAAAGCAUCAUGGGACAUUUAACAGAAGCCAAUCGGAGUGUUUCCACAGCGAAGUCGUCUUCAGGUCUGUAAUCAUCCAGACCCGAGCUGAAGUUUGGUUUCUAGACGAAAACCUAAACCUCCAGGAAUCAUCGCUCAGAGAGAAGACGGAGGAAGCGUCAGAGUUUUAACGUUGAAGCUAAAACGGGAUGUUCAGUCCUUCUGAUAAGAGACAAAUCGCGAACAAAAAAAACGAACAAUUUCUGUCUGAAUCAGCUUAUUUUGAUGAAUCGUUGAGUCGGUUUGUCUGAGCAGCAGGUAAUGAGCAACACACCGUCUCUCUGCAGCGAGUUCCCAGCGUCUGCAGGUUUUUAUUUAAUAAAAAAGAAUUGAUUUCCGAUCAGAACAAAGAGAAAUCUGAUCCAGUCUGAUCAUCAUCAACCCUCUGAGACCGAACCCAUCCUCUGUUGGUCCUGCAACCCAAACCCACAACCUACUGUCUGCCCUGGGGUCAGCACUGUGGGGGGGGACCCCGACCCCCCACCACCACCCACCCAGCGCCGGCUCUGUCACCAGAGAGCGAGACAGACUUCUUCUUUUCUUCUUUUUUUUUUUUUAACACUACAUUUGCUUUAUUUUUGUUUCUUUGAUUUUUCAGGUUGUGUGCUGAAACUUGUUUGUGUCUUAUGAGGUUCUCUAUAUAAAAAUGUCUUUGUACCGCUGUCCUGUUCCAACCCCCCACCCCCCCGGUUCCCCCGCCAAAACAAAACCACUCAUACUGUAACAGCCCCCCCACACAGAUACUUCAGUUUAAAGCUGUCCCAGAUGUAAGGAAGAGUCCUGACGUCUGUUUUAGGUGGGAGGUUAAAACGCCUCCUCUGUUUUAAAGUUUCUUAUUUUAGCUGCUUUUGUAGGAAACAAUGAGGUGAACGGUCAGACAAAAAGUUCUGAAAAACAAAGUAAAAAGUUCUGAAAAAUAAGAAAUACUUCGUUACUUCAUUCUGUUUGAAACCUUUAUGUAACUGUUGUUUUUAAAGAUUUUUAGUCUGUAAAAUGUCCAAAAUAAAAGUCAGAUCCUCAUCACGAGGAGUCGGAUAAAAAAAGUUUGUAACUUUUCACACGACGUUAACUCAGAAAAUGUUCUCCAGCUCAAAUGAAACUGACCAAUACUUUAAAUUUCAUCAGUUAAUUGAGUUUUCAAAAUCAUUUUAUUUGAUCUUGUUUCAGUAAAGUUUGUUCUGAUUGGCUGACGGGACGUCGACUUGUUAAAACUCCACAGACCAACAGGUUUUAGUUUGAUCUGUGGUGACGAAGCUGUUCGAUGUUUUGAUGAUGUCACAACUCUGUACUCACCUGAUUGGUUGCUGCAGACAGCUGAUUCUUCAGACGAACUCAGACCCUUCUUAUGAAACUUCCUUGCUUUUGGGGUGCGGCCAACACCUGAUGUCCAGUCUUAAGUUUGAUCUGGCUCCACAGCAGCAGGUUUGUGAUCGGGUCCAGGUGCGACUCGUGCAACUCAGCUCUGAUUGGUUGAUUGUGAUGGAUGACCACGUGACCGCCGUGGUGACGUGAUGUCAGAGUGCUGCGUCUCUGAAACCUGAGGAAAGUUUUAUCCUGUAGGAAGUUAGAAUUUCCAGUUCUCUGACCAACUUUAAACACAACGUCAGAUGACAGGUGUGGGAGCGGGGGAGUUGACCAAUCGGAUUGAUUCAGGUUAAAUCAGGUUCACCUGUCGACCUGUCCGUCUUCGAUUGUCACCCAUCUGUUGUUGUUACGUUUGACCUUUGACCUCUGGGUACACGUGAUGAGGUCGGGCUGUGGGUGUGUCUGUGUGGGUGGAGCUGCAGCUCAACAGGAGACAAUAGGAGCGCAGGACCACAGAGUCCUCUUCUCUUUCAUCCAAAGAAACGUCUUCCUGUGUCGCCAGCAUCAAAGUUUUUUUUUAUCCCUGAAUUUUGUCUCGAGGUUGUGUUAGGUCGGACCAGAAAAAUCACCUGUUCCUAAUAAACUGAUCAAACGAUCGUAACCUGUGUUUGAGAGCGAGGCUCCAGGUUGGAGUUUGGUUGUGUGAUGAUGUUGGAAAAACAUCAUCAUUCAACAUGAUGUUGAAUAAUGUCCAAACGCAGCGCCGCACUGUUUCCACUGGCUGUCAUGUCAGGUGUGGUUCUGCUUUGGUUCAGGUUCAGGGUUUGUUGGCUGUGAUGAGUUCUGGACUUGUUAGCUCCUGUUAGCUCAGCUAGCUUUUCAGAGAAACACAGAUAAAGUUCAACACACAGAAUACAAACUGUGAUGUUUCCUCUGACAGGUUAGCAGCCGUUAGCAUUGUUAGCAGCUGAGUCUUGGUCGGCAUCAGUGUUUUGAUCUGUUGUGAAUGUUGCGUCUGCGGUUCUGCUUUGGUUCAGGGUUCAUGGGCUCUGAUGAAUUCUGGACUUCCUGUGAGGACUCACAGCUCUUCAGACCUGCACAUAGCUGACCAAUCAAUAUCACUGACGCCUCUUGGUAAUGAGCAGCUGGAGCUGGUUAAGGUUUGAAAUAUGUGAUCCUGAUUAAUUGAUCUGAUAAUCGAGGAUCUUUCUGCUUCCAGCUUCUAAUGUCAGACUGAAGCUGUAAAAAAAUAAAUCAUGUUUCUGGAGCUGUUGACCAGAUCUCAUGGCCUUCCUCGGCGUGUGAAGGUGGUUUAUUUGUUACCAUAUGGUUAAAGAAACGUGUCGGAGCUUUUUGAAAAAACAGUUUGUUUUAUUUUAGACAUUUCACAGACUAAUCAAUAACCAAUCAACCUAAAACAAUCAAUAAGGAUCCCCACACCCCCCUCUCACCCCCCCACCCGGUGUGACAGACAGACAGUUGGACAGCUCGUUGCCACAGUAACCCUCCUCUGUUUGUUUUUAGUUUGAUGGUCGAGCUUUGAUGCUAAUAGUUAAUUUUUGUAUUUUAAUAAGAAAAAGGAAAAAAGUGAUUUUAUGUAUUUGCAUGCACUCCGGCCGUACGUUCUUUCUUCCGUAUGUUUGAGCACUGUAUAGUAGCUGUAUAGUAGCUGUCUGAGGUUUAGAUCGAACUCCGCUCGAUAGAGUAGAGACACAGAGAGAGAAAGAGAGACAGAGAGGACGAACCGAUGAAAAACCAACAAGUGAAUUAUUUGAUGUAAUUACUGAUAUGGGAUCCUUAUUUUCUGAGUUCCUUUGUUUUCAUAAAUAAACACAUAAACUGAUGAA